CCCUAGGUGAGCUAUAUUUUAGCAUCAUCAGUAAGUAUAUGUGCAUUUCUUUUAAUUGUCCCAAGUUUGAACUCCUCCUAAAGCAUUUUUGGGCAAAAAUGCUACAAUUAACAUCCGAGUCCCGAGUCUCGGGUCGAGACCGCUGGGUCUCGGGUCCUGAAAAAGGGUGUCCGAAACCGACUCAUACAUUGGCUGGUCCGGUUCUAGGUCAACGAGGCGGGGCAAUUGUCGGGUCGGAUCCGGGCCGGGCCCGUGUUGGACCCGGACCCGAGUUUGCAUGGGUCGAUUUCGGUUUUGUGUAUAAGGACCUGAGACCCGACAGGGUUACCCGACAGGUAGAUCCAGACCUGGGGACCCGACCCAAGGACCCACCCAAAUUUAAUGUGAAAUAUCACAAAAAAUGUUAAAUUUGGGGCUUGAUCUCGGGACCCGACAGAGCUACCUGGCAGGUAGUCCUAGACCCGGGGACCCGACUCAAGGACCCACCCAAAUUUAAUGUGAAAUAUCACAAAAAAUAUUAAAUUUGGAGCUUGAUAUCGUGUUCCAGAAUGAUUUGAUAGAAAUCUAACCAUUUGGGCAAAGUAACUUGUUAUAAUAGCACUAUGAACAUGAUUAUAAUAAUCCAGAGAAAAAUUGUCUACCUCUUGUUUCUUUGUCUGCAAUAUAUGCUUACAGCUCUUUACUUCGUGCAUGAGAUGAAGAAGCGGUGUGAUGGAAAAAGGUCUAAGAUUGUUUGAACCCCUUCAAUUACAAAACUGUUACUCUCGUUUAGUUUUUUCUCUUACAUUAUACCAUUUAACGAAUUGUCGUUUUAAAUGACUUCCAGAGAAAUAUUUGAAGAUCUGAUGAAGAAACAGAAAGAAAAAGUGAGGUUAAGAAACAAUAAAGGCGAAUGUUUUCCUGGACCUCCGUUGAAAGAAGCCCACAAUGAAUACGACGAGGAGGCAAACGUAUUCGUCUUCCGCAUGAAAUCUCUGAAACAAGGACAAUCCCGUAGUUUUCUAACGCAGGCAUCUCGACACCAUGCUGCACAGUUGUACUUCUUCAAGAAGGCAGUUGGAUCGUUAGAGGCAAUUGAGCCACAUGUCAGAUUACUUGCUGAACAACAUCAUAUUGAUUACCAGUUUAGUGGACUACAUGAUGAUAUGGGCGAAAAUUAUGACGACGAAGAUGACGAAAGUUAUGAUGAUGAUGAUGAUGACGAGGAUGAUGAUACUGAAGAUAGUUUCGGAACACCUGAAGAGGGAGAAUUAAGUUUUGACUAUGGACAAAAUGGUCCAGUGGAAGAAGUCUCUACAAUAAAGAACUCGAUGGAGGUACAAAUUUAGCAUGUGUUGAUACUCAACUGGAAUCUUUAAGUUGAUACUUACGUCAUCCGUUUUGUUUGACUUGCUCACUGGAAUCUAUUUUGUUACCCUGGGUUUGGCAGCAAUUGUCCACGUGGUGGAGGCCCGGGUAUGUGCGACCCAUAAUCGAAUGCCAUGGGCGUUUGUGUGUGUUGAAUACACUAUAAGGCUAGGGUUUGCGCCUUUCCUGACACCAAUUGGGUUUAGGACAACUGGUAGCGUCUGAGGUCCUACGAGUGGUAUCAAAGCCAAGGUCACGGGUUCGAUUCCCAGCUGGAGCAAUUGUUGAGGGGGAGAUUGGUUUGGCAGCAAUUGUCUGGAGCAAUUGAUGAGUUCGAUUCCCAGCUGAAGCAAUUGCUGAGGGGGAGAUUGGUUUGGCAGCAAUUGUCUGGAGCAAUUGCUGAGGGGGAGAUUGUUAACCUGGGUUUGGCAGC